UGAGUGUUACAUGAAGGGAAAACUAAAUAAGCCGCUGACCACUUAUUGCUCAAAAAAAUUGUUUUGAAAAGUUUGAACGGUUAUAAACGUGAUGGCAGCUUCGAUUGAGUUUAAAAUGCCCCAGAACAACCCAAUAAAACCAGAAAAACGGGCGAAGAAGAAGCCAGCACAAAGAACUCGUUCAAAGAGUCAACUUGAGCAUCGAUCUUCUGCGAUCUUGCCAUUUUCGGCUUGGGUUGAACCCCAUCGUGGACCGGUUACACUCGCACACGGCGCCCGCGAGGAAGAACUUCGACUGAAAAGAAUUAUUCAAGAAAAGGAAGAAAGGCUAAGAGAAUUUCAACAAGAGGUAAAAGCUAGAGUAAGGAAUCUUGAGCAAAUGAGGCGUGAAGAACAGCAUGGUAUGUCCGUGGAAGCUUUUGUGGUUGAACGAAAUGUUGUGCAGCAAAGCUCGUUACCAAGCACUGUCAGACGUGACAAUUGUGUGUAUCGCGAUGAUUCCGAACUAAAAAUCCAGAGAAGCGCUACCAGAGAUUACUCGGCAGUAGAUGCUGCAAGUCAUUUGCUGGAAGAACACGCUAAAAAGAUCCGAAAUUGCUCCAAACAUGCCAGGAAUGUUCUGAGCUCGAAGAGUCUUGGAGCAGAAGUUGAAGAUUUGAGUAAACAGCUUCCUGGCGGUUUGUGGCGAACUUCACCGACUAGAGAUCACGCUCUAUCAAGGCAAAGAUCUGAAAUCGGAAAACCGCAAGAACAACUUGCAAAGGAUGAUUCGGAAAAUGAUUACUGGAUUGGUGAGAAUGCUAUUAAAGAUCAGAGUUUUGAUCACGAACGUUGGAUUUCCGACAGUGAAUUUCCUGGAAAAGAAGGCCAAAGAUCAGCCUUACAUGCAGAAAAACGGGUCCACUUUGAAGACGAUGAAAAUGUAGAAAUUAUAAAUAGUGACUGGAAUAGCCUGCAGAAGCAAGCUUGUGAUCAGGAAAAGAAAACGGCCAAAAGUAGUGUGGAAGUUCUCCUACAACCUUCUAAAUUGUUAGAGGAAAAAAAGGCCCGUGCAAAAUCCCAAGUUGCUGUGUACAGGAGGCUGUUUAUGGAUAUCGAACGAGAGCAGGUUAGAGAGAACAUUCGAAUGAAACAACACCGCAAAAGAAUGGAAAAUCUCAAAGUCCAGAAAGAAGUGGAACGCCUCGAGAUAGAGCAACGACAAAUCGACAAAUUAAAAAUGCAAAGGGUUAGAAAAGAGGAAGAGUCAUUCCUCAGAGCUCGGAAAGAAAAAAAACAUCAAGUGGAUUUGGCUAAACAACACAAGAAACUUCAGAAAGAGAAGGAGACAGAAAGGUAUAUAGAAGCUUUACAGGCCAUUUUGAAGGAGAAGGUGCUGAGCAGAAACAUUGUUCUUCCUCCACUAUGCUCUUGUGGGCCAACAAUCUGGGAUACAAAUCCUGAUACUUGUGCUAACAAUUGUGUGUUCUACAAGAAUCCUAAAGCUUAUGCUAAAGCACUGUCCACUGUACUAGGCUCUGCAAACCUUGAAUAGUCACAAUGAUAUGGUCAUAGAAGGAUUAUGCCUUGUUAAAAUUGCAUGAAGCAUGAGAUCCAAGGUCUUGCAAGACCAGAAGAAGUUCCACAUUUUUCUCAGAGUCAAAUGGGCGAGUGCACAAAUGCACACAAAUAUCACCUCACACGAGGACAGGUGCUUGCCUGCUCACAUGCUUGCAUACUUGGAAAACCCCUAACCCGUGAUCAGGCAUUCUGUUUUGGGGAGCAAACAAAAGCAGCAGCUGAUUGCAGGUAAACUAACCCUCAGAAAAAUUACAAGUAAGUGCAUACCUACACCUAGUCAAAGGUAUUGCAAUUUAAUUUCUUGGGAAUCUGAUCUCUCAAUAGUUGUCUGCAAAAUAGUAAAAAGCCUUUUGUUUUGUAUAAUACAUGGUAAUGAAUCACUCAAUAAACUUGAUAAAGUUGAAAAAGCCUGUUAUGUAUUCAGCUGCAAGUCAUUUUCCCUGCUGUCCAUUUACUUUCCUUCAACUGGUGUUGUGGAAGAAAAAAACCUGACCUGGGAAUGAUUGAUUGGGUAAUACUCCCUACCCCCCUUCACAUCCCACUCCCUUCCCAACCUCCACCUGAGUACAAAAAACAUUCUUUGCAAUUCAUACCUGACUAGCGUAAUAGUGAACUAUAAAAGUUGAUAAAAAAACUUCUAAGAAUAACAUACCUCCCAACUGUUAUGCCUCCAGUUUGAAAACUUUGAUCUCUCACAUGUGAGUCACUUCCUCGCCUACAGUAGCUGAUAAAAAAUCUUCUCAUCAGCUCUUACAGCCUUAACUGACAAAUGUUUGAAAAAUAUGGAAACUUUAGCCUACGUAAAUGACAGCAGACUUGCCCCAAUUCUCUGAUUUUAAAAGCAAUGGUGGUGGUGUCAUGUUAGGUGAGGCAUAUGCGGUGACUCGGACUAGGAAAAAUUUGGAACAUGCUUGGAAUCUCUGGAACAUCCUUGAAAAUCUUUGGGUGUCUUCAGAUAUGAUGGGGUCUUCUUUCAAAAUACUGACCAGUACUCCUGUGUCAAAAAUCUCAUGCUGGUGACUUAAAAAAGGUUGGCAUUUACAGAAUUAGACAUUGUUUUCAAUUGGUAAAAAAAUUUACACUCCAUCCAGUUUUGAAUGUCUUCCCUUAGUUCCCAGUGGUGCUUGGUUGAGUGAUCUCCCCAAGUAUCUAGAAUAUCACUUUUUUUAAUAUGGCAGACCACUGAAGAGGCUUGAAGAGCAAAAUACUUAUCAAACUACUCUGCUCUUUAGUUUUCAUACCCCAUUCUGCAAUUUUACAGUUUUUAUAUCCUUUGAAGUGUGUGUAAAAGAAGCGAUGGCUGACAAUCUCCACAUAAUUUCAAUAAAGAUAAUUUUCCAUCCCAUCUGUAAGGUCUUAAGCUCCCAUUGCAGCAUUGCAAGUCUGCCACAUUACAGCCAUGUUUACUUGAGUGUCAAGAGUAAUUUGCAUUUGCUUUGGUUUUGUAAUACAAUUUUAAGCAACAAAUAAAUUAUUGGUCCAAAAAACUCGUGUCACUUUGUCAUCCAAUCAGAAGUAAAACCAAAAGCCAAUAGUGACUUGCUCGGACACGUUUUCCCACGCUUCACAUCAGUUACAAGUAUUUGCUAGGAGUGUUGAUUGGUUCAAUGGAUUCUCUAUGUUCUUUAUGAUUGGUUAGUACGAGUGAUUACUUAAGUUUUGGUUUUACAUCAUUCAAUAAUAAAAAUAAUUGAAAACUGCUCUACUACUUUUUAGACCUGACUGCACCAAGAAAGUGUCUUUGCUUUAAAAUCUUGUUUAUUCAGUAAAUUUUAAUGUUUACAUGCUCUGAAAUGACAAAAAUGCGAUAAGAACAAUCAAUAAUACUAGGAUUUGAUUAUUUACGAUGCAGCCAGUUCAGCUGAAUCUUGUUUGCUAGCAUUUGUGUCUGUUGUAGAUACUUGAGCUUCAUUAGAUGCUGUGUUUGGUCCAUGACGAAGAUUUUGCAUUGCCUGCAAGACACAGGAAACAGCUGAGGCAUCUAAAUAGUAAUUAUUUAAAUCAGCAGUUCAUUUCUACUGUGCACAAUAGUGACAAUAUUCAAACAAGGUAGUACAAUCACAGGUCUCUAUCUGGUAUCAGAUAGAUUGCUAUGUAAUCAGACACAUGUGAGUAAGUUAUCUACAACAGCAGCAGUAAUGCCACUGAACAGAAGGCUUCACAAGCAGUGAAAUGUUGGUAUGCAACAUUUUCACAUUAGCAAUAUUGCUCCUCCUAGAGAUAAUAAUAAUUAUAGGAAUUUAUGUCCACAAGAGGAGAAACAUGGUUUGAGGAAACCAUUUUCUUUCAGUCAAACUCAAUAAUUGUAAGAAAAUUAAAACAGCAAAUCAUAAGACGUAUGAAGUUACCAGACUGAAAAUGUGCUCUUUGACAACUCAACAGUGAUGCGCACAUGAGAUCUCUGAAGUCUUAUGUCAUCACGUGGAACUCAAGCAAGGGCCCAUGAGAGUUUGACAUGUAUCUGUUAACUUUUUUAAGCUAAGCAUUAUAGCAAUAUAAGCUACUGCGUACAGCUUAAGAUACACUGUGAUC